AUGUUUCGUCGUCGCUGGUCAGGCCUUCCGGCCGACCCCAUUUUCCAACCGAACUUUAAGGAACUGGGCUACUUCAUCAAUGAAAUUGACGAAAUCCGCCUGAUCGAAAACCCCGACUACUACUUCAAGUACUUCAUAAGCAAAAACGAGCGCUGGAAUGAGCGCCAGCGCUUUGCUUUCAACGGUGCUACCUCGAAAGAAAUCCACGCCCGCCUUGACGCCCUAGACUUCACUACUACCCGACUCCCUCUCAACACACCUCUCAGCGACCCACACGUCCCCAUCCGCACAUCUCCCAACCUAGCCACGGCCACCCGCGUUGUCCUCCUCUUCGGCGAGUCCUGCCAGCCUCUCGGCAUCCUAGCCCAGCGCGUGAUCGGCGGUAAAGGCGGCAUCGCACGUGGCUCCGUGCUGAACUUCAUCACCGCACUGCACGACCAGCAGCAGUGCUCUGCUACAGACCCCACACCCCCGGCCGUUGUGCUCACCAACACCGGCGAGCUGUGGUGGUGGCCGGAAGGCGGGCGUGGGCUGACACAUGUGGAGAGGCACUUCAUUCCGAUGUCGAGCGCUGUAUCGCUGGGCAGGUUCCAUGAUGCCGGGGCCAAUGAGAUUCCUGGUCACAGGUCGGUUGCGGAGCAUUUGCGGGCGGUGUUUGAUUUGGUUCUGGCGGGAGGGGCUGAAGGUCUUGGUGUGAAGAAGGAGGCAAAGCUGGACAUCAUUGCUCUGGGUGAUACCGCGGAUGAGGUGCAGACGUAUCUGGAUGAUGACGAGGUGUGGAAGAAGGUGGGCGGUAGACUGAGCAGCUUGUCGAUGCUGGGCAGUUUCUAUGACAGGGAGACCAGGUGUGGCGGGUUCAAGAAGUUCUUGGAAGAACGCGCCCGCGCAUACAUCAUCCACCACAUGCCCCUCGGCAUUCCCGUAGCCGGUCCCAACGGCAACCCCGGCACGACAGGCUUCACCAAGUACGGAUGCCCGGUCUUCAGCGCCGGCGCAGCCCAACACGUCGAGACGAUGCUCAUCGAGGCGCUGCCGUCUGUCCUCAAGUUCAUUCAGGAGGUGGCCAUGGCGGGCGAGUCGUUCAAGAACCCGGUGUUUGAGAUUUUUGGCGAUCAGAACGAUGCUGAGCCUCAAAGCUCGUGGUGGGGCACGUCGGAUGGGGAUGGUGGGGGGGAGGAUAAGGGUCCGAAGCCAGCGGCCGGGGCCGGGGAGAGCGAGAGUGGGGGUGACGGCAUCAAGGGUUCGACGGGCCGAGUUGACAGUACGGCCAACGAAAACAGUCCCGUCCCUGUCGAGAUACCCGUUGUUGAUGCCGACAAGAGCAGUGCCCAAACCAGCGGAGAAGCGUCCCAGCCCGGCGAACCUGACACCCACCUUGACACUGGCGCAAACCACUCCAAAGAGUGUUCCCAGGUUGGAGACGGUCCCAUCACAGCUGACGGUGGUUCCAACACCGAACACCACGACGGCAAGAUCGACGGUGUUCUCUCCGACACUGACCAGAAUGCCCAGGAAAUGAAGGAUCUGGUGGGGGAGAUCAAGGCUCUCAGGACUGACUAG